AUGUUCCCACAAUCCUCUACACCGGAAACAUGUGUGAUUAGCUGCCUGACAUAUACACGGUGCCACUGCCUACAUGUAGUCGCUGAGAGUGACGUUAAUUUGUUUCAGCAGCUUGUUUCUAUGGCGUCGGCUGUACUGCGUGUGAAACGGAAGUGCGAUGCUGACCCUGCAGAGGCGCUUAUCCUAAGCUGUAAGAGGCUUCGGACAGAGGAUAAAGUAGCAGAAGCCGGGGAUACUGCUCCGAUUAUCCAACAAGUGUUCAGACUCGCGGCCACAGUCAGCUCCCAGAAUGAGCCCCUCCAAAAAUAUGUCAAAGAAGCUCUUUCUCGUGAUAGAUCAUCCCAGAUUCUACGAUCCUCAUCUGGCAGUACAAGGAGAAUCCAAGAGGGUCUGCGAGCCUGUAAAGCAACUGAGCGCCAAGAUAGCCGCUACCGCCUAAUUACAAGUCUCCGGCCAAACUGUGAGGAAGGAGAUGGCAUUGUGCCAGAUUCCAGCAAAGCCAAAAUCUCUGUUCCAGACCAGUCACAAUCUGGGUCAGAAGAGGUAGCACCAGGAAAGUCUUUGACCCACAUAAGUGAUAGUUUCCAACUUUUUGAUAUAGUGCACGAGGAGCCACAAAAGGAACCCACAGAUUCAAAGGACUGUGAACCAGAAACCAUUCUGUGUAACAAUAUGAGGAUGAUCCGAGAGCGAUUAACUGUUUCGGAAGCAGGCCCAGGGACUGAACACUGUAAAAGCUCAGAGGAUUUUGUGUAUGACAUUUAUUACUCUGAGGCUUCCUCCAAUGGUUGGAUCCAGGACAUCCUCUCAGUUCAGCCUUACUCUGUGCAGCAGGAGCUGGUAGCUGAUGACCUUGAGCCAGAAGAGAUGUAUGAAGAUGAAGAUGAUGAGAAUGAAGAAAGCAACUGGAGGAACGAUUAUCCUGAUGAAGAGGACAGUGACAAAGAAGAGAGAUACAUGGGUUAUUAUGAGGACAGUGACGAGGAAGAUGUUCGAGGACAAGCAUGGAACACUUUCAGACAAAAGUCUUUACGGGAGUUACACCAUGAUGAGGAGGAAGAUUUUGGUUCUGAUUAAUUCAGUUCAUUUGAAUGUGGAUCUACCUGUCUUAUAGAGGGUAUCUCUCUAAGGAAAUAUGUACAGAACAGUGUUCUCUAGAAACUCUAUUUUUGCCCAGAAACUAUAACCAGUUUUCCCUUCAGCUAGCACUUUUUGGAGAACUGUUAAAUGUCAUAAAUGUCUUUCUACUUGUAAGUUUUCGAACCUUGCACAUGUGAGUUUCACUUCAAUGUCCCUUUAAUGAUUCAGAAAGUGUAAAGCCUUUAAAAAAAAGGUUCAAAAUUAACCCUUUAUCUGGGUAUCCUAUGUUGAAACUUAGCGCCUUUCCAUGAGAACUUAGGUUCACAAGCACAUGCAUGCCUUGAUCACUAUAUGGCAACUGUGUAACUGUGUUCAAUUCAUGCACUCUCUCCUGAGUCUACCGUAGGAUGCUCUUUAACAAAGUAUACCAAGGGAAUUAAAAGUUGUUUUUUGUUUGUUUUUUUGGACAGUCUAUUUGAAUCAUCAUGUUUGCUUCUUUAUUUCUUUAAGAUGGAAACAAAAUGCAUAAUAAUAUAGAUUUCUGUUUCUUUUUAUACUUUGCAAUAGCAAGAUGAGUGUAAGUACCUUUAACUGCAGUUUUUAACUACUAUGUUCAAAUGAGCCUGAUACCAAUUAUAUCUGUAAAAAAAAACACAAUGAUUUAUGUAUGUGACAUUGAUUUAACUCCUAUCUCUCCAUAAACUAGCAGUCAUGCACAUGUAUGUAAUAAAAAAUAUAUAGUUUCCAUCAUUUGAUCCUGAAUUCCUGUUAGUGAUAUUGUCAGGAAAUGUAAUCCCAAUGACACCAUUUUGUUUCAUGGAAAGACCAUAUUUAGGUACCACUUGAUCAUAAGAUCAGACGCCAGAUUAUCAGGAAUUGUAUUCUGUUUGUACCAACUUGGACUUAUUUGUGGUAGUUGGCACGGCACAUGUGCAGAUGUCAAAUGCACAAGGAUAACAGUAGGUUGAUAAGCCAGAGUUGUUUAUACGAAUGUAAUUAUUUUUAAUUGUAUUAAUCUGCGCCGUGAGCCACUUAGUUACUUGCCAACUGUGUAUCUGCACACACUAGCUUAACUGUGCAUGGCUGUACAUAGCUUAAUCUAUUAUUUAAAAGGGACAGUAAACAUCUUGUAAUUGCAAGGUAUUUCAGCCUUGCUAUAAAAACACAAAUCAGCCCAGUCUAAACAUUUUUGUAACUAACAUUGGUUGCUGCAAUUGUUUUUUCAGUAACUAAGAUCCAACCACCACUCGGCUUUUUGCAGGAGCUAAUCCAGGCUUGAGUCUGCAGCUGAGAAGGCUAGCCACGUUCAUUAUGUUAGUAUAAACUACAAUGUUUUGCAGCUGUUGUCUGUCGAAGCAAAUUAAGGAAUAUGUAGCAGGCUUAGCCUUGAGAAAUCUCCAGUGUGCAUUUCCAGUUUUGAGAAUUAAACAAUUCACAGUUCUCAGAGCUUAAUUACAUGAAAAUGGGGCAAAAUAAAUAAUGAAAGUAUAGUGCAAAGUUGUUUUACCUACCCGUAAGUAAACAUUUUAUAUUCAAAUGUUAAGGUGUUUACUGUUACAUUCAAAUAAAAAUUUUAUGUUUUGAA